AAGGUUUGACCACGCAGUGGUGGUUUACAUUGGGAGGAAAAGGGAAGGCGAGCUUGAGACUCGUGAAGCUGUAAGGAAGCCUGGAGCUAGAGUGCAGGCACUGGGUAGACGGGUUUUGCCGGCGUAGGGGGCUGCCCCCUCGAGAGCGAGGUGCCCAAGGACCCCUGUUGAUAAACACGGUACGUUGCCGGGCCGCCCUAACUCCCGUAGGUCCAGGCUGUUGCUAACAUCAAGGAGCUGUUUAUGGAGCCACCUCCCCACGGACCAGCCUCCAGUGUCCCUAUCUACUCUCCCUACAACCAAAGCUCAUGAGGCCCUCCCUCCAGGGUUCUCAGCCUAGCUGGGCCUGGGAAGCUCGAGCUGGGGAAUGCUAACCAGCACGCAGCUCUCGCCGCUCCAGCCUUGAGGGGAAGUCAGUGAUGGAUAUAGCUGCUCUCUCCCACCUGGCAUCGAACCGGUUAACUAACCUCCAGCUCCACAGAGCAGCCUUCUGCAGGGGCCAACCCUACGCCUUUGCGGGAGGAGGAGCCGCUGCCGGUUCAGUGUUUUCAUUGGCUUCACCAUGGGCCGGACCGUGGUCGUGCUGGGCGGAGGGAUCAGCGGCUUGGCCGCUAGUUACCACCUGAGCCGGGCCCCUUGUCCCCCCAAGGUGGUCUUGGUGGAGGGCAGCGAGCGCCUGGGAGGCUGGAUCCGCUCGGUACGAGGCCCAGAUGGUGCUGUCUUUGAACUUGGACCUCGAGGAAUUCGGCCGGCGGGAGUCCUGGGAGCCCGGACCCUGCUCAUGCAGGUUUCCGAGCUUGGCUUGGACUCAGAAGUGUUGCCUGUCCGGGGAGACCAUGCAGCUGCCCAGAACAGGUUCCUGUAUGUAGGUGGCGCCCUGCACGCCCUGCCCUCUGGCAUCAGGGGGCUACUCCGCCCUUCACCUCCCUUCUCCAAACCUCUGUUUUGGGCUGGGCUGAAGGAGUUGACUACGCCCCGGGGCAAAGACCCUGAUGAGACUGUGCACAGUUUCGCCGAGCGCCGCCUUGGUCCUGAGGUGGCGUCUCUAGCCAUGGACAGUCUUUGCCGUGGAGUGUUUGCAGGCAACAGCCGUGAGCUCAGCAUGAGGUCCUGCUUUCCCAGUCUCUUCCAAGCUGAGCAAACCCAUCGUUCCAUAUUACUGGGGCUGCUGCUGGGGGCAGGGCAGGGCCCACAGCCAGACUCAGCACUUAUUCGCCAGGCUCGGGCUGAGCGCUGGAGCCAGUGGUCACUCCGUGGAGGGCUGGAGACAUUGCCUCAGGCCCUUAACACCCACCUGACUAGUAGGGGUGUCAGUGUUCUCAGAGGCCAGCCAGUCUGUGGGCUCAGCCUCCAAGCAGAAGGGUGCUGGAAGGUGUCUCUAGGGGACAGCAACCUGGAGGCUGACCACAUUAUUAGUGCCAUUCCAGCUUCAGCGCUCAGCAAGCUGCUCCCUGCUGAGGCUGCACCUCUGGCUCGUGCUCUGAGUACCAUCACUGCUGUGUCUGUGGCUGUGGUGAAUCUACAGUACCGAGGAGCUCGUCUGCCUGUCCAGGGAUUUGGACAUCUGGUGCCAUCCUCAGAAGACCCAGGCAUCCUGGGAAUCGUGUAUGACUCAGUUGCUUUCCCUGAGCAGGAUGGGAGCCCCCCUGGCCUCAGAGUGACUGUGAUGUUGGGAGGUUCCUGGUUACAGACAUUAGAAGCCAGGGGCAGUGUCUUAUCUCAGGAGCUGUUCCAAAAGGAGGCAGAGAAAGCAGCUGCCACUCAGUUAGGACUGAAGGAGCCACCAAGUCACUGCUUGGUCCAUCUACACAAGAACUGUAUCCCCCAGUAUACUUUAGGCCACUGGCAAAAAUUGGAGUCAGCUACCCAAUUCCUGGCUGCUCAGAAGCUGCCUUUGACUCUGGCCGGAGCCUCGUACGAGGGGGUUGCUGUCAAUGAUUGUAUAGAGAGUGGGCGCCAGGCAGCAGCCCGUGUCCUGGGCACAGAACCUAACAGUUGAUCCUCAAACCCCACUUCUUCCUGCCUCUGCUGACAGGGACUCUCUCACCCAUGAAAAUAAAAGUUGCUGGAGCUUG